AUGGACGCGCUUCGCUCCGCGAUCCAGCCGAUCACACACAAUCUCCCAGGUCCAGUUCGCGACCUGGGCGAAUCGAUUAUUGGCGACACGUGUUACAAGACUCUCCUCCUCGACGUCGACCUCGAGAACACCGAGUGCAUCAAGCUCGCGGUCAGCAAGGGUCUCGGAAUUGGUAUCGUGGGCGCGUCGUCCAUCGUCAAGGUCCCGCAGAUCCUCAAACUCGUGCAGUCGCGGUCGGCCAGCGGCGUGUCUUUCCUCUCCUACCUGCUCGAGACCACCAGCUACCUCAUCUCGCUCGCCUACAACGUCCGGAACGCGUUCCCCUUUAGCACCUACGGCGAGACGGCGCUCGUGCUGGGGCAGAAUGUCAUCAUCACCGUGCUCGUGCUCAACUACAGCGGCCGUGCUAGCGUGGCGGCUGUGUUUGUCGCAGCGCUCGCGGCGAGCGUCGUGACACUGUUCAGCGAGAACGUUGUGAACAUGCAGAACCUGCGGUAUCUUCAGGCAGGGGCUGGGGCACUUGGUGUGGCUAGCAAGGUGCCGCAGAUUCUGGCGAUUCUUCAAGAGGGCGGGACCGGGCAGCUCAGCGCAUUUACUGUCUUCAACUACCUUCUCGGAUCCCUCGCGCGCGUCUUUACGACCCUCCAAGAAGUGGAUGACAAGCUGAUCCUGUACGGUUUCGUGGCUGGUUUUGCGUUGAACCUGGUCCUCGCGCUGCAGAUGGUUUACUACUGGAACGCGCCGUCGGCCAAGGCCAAGGGCAAGCAAAAGGCGGCCCCUGUGACGGCCCCGACUUCAGCGACAACGACGUCGGCAUCAACGCCGCCGAAGAGCAAAGGGCCAACGACUCGCCGCCUGGCCCCCGUUAACCUCACCCGUGGCGGCACUACUGCCGGUCCUGCUCCAGGUGAGAAACGGCCCAACAUCCUCUACAUUAUGGCCGACCAGCUCGCGGCGCCUUUCCUCAAGAUCUACAACCCGGACUCCCAAAUCCUCACCCCCAACCUCGACGCUCUCGCGGCCCGGUCGGUCCAGUUCGACUCGGCCUACUGCCCAUCGCCACUAUGCGCCCCAUCCCGCAUGAGCAUGAUCACAGGCCUGCUGCCCAUGAAGAUCGGAGCGUACGACAACGCCGCGGCCAUCUCCAGCGAUAUCCCCACGUACGCCCACUACCUUCGCAUGAAAGGCUACCACACCGCCCUGGCCGGCAAGAUGCACUUUAUCGGCGACCAGCUGCACGGGUACGAGACCCGUCUGACCAGUGACAUCUACCCGGGCGACUACGGGUGGGCCGUGAACUGGGACGAGCCGGACACGCGGCUGGAGUGGUACCACAAUGCCAGCUCCAUCCUGCAGGCGGGCACUUGUGUGCGCAGUAACCAGCUGGAUUAUGACGAGGAGGUCAUGUACCGAUCGACACAGUUCUUGUAUGACCACGUCCGCGAGGGUCCCGACUCGAGGCCAUUCUCUUUGACGGUUUCAUUGACACACCCCCACGAUCCAUACACUAUCGAGGAAAAGUACUGGGACCUGUACGAGGGUGUCGAUAUCGAUCUCCCCAAGGUCAAUAUUCCCAAAGAGGAGCAGGACCCGCACAGCAAACGCCUGCUGAAGGUGUGCGACCUUUGGGAUACUGAAUUUAGCGAGGAGCAGAUUAAGCGGGCGAGGCGAGCUUAUUACGGUGCCGUUAGCUAUGUCGAUGACUGCAUCGGCAGGCUGCUGGACGUGUUGAAGAAGUGCAAGCUCGAUGAGAACACCAUCGUUGUCUUUAGCGGCGACCAUGGCGAUAUGCUCGGUGAGCGUGGGCUCUGGUACAAAAUGAGUUACUUCGAGUCCUCGGUCCGCGUCCCGCUCCUUGUUUCCUACCCCGCCCAAUUCACUCCCCACCGUGUGUCCGCCAAUGUCUCUACCCUGGACAUCCUGCCCACUAUGUGCGACUUCGUCGGCACUAAGCCUGCAUCCUUCCUCCCCAUGGAUGGCGUCUCUCUCCUCCCUCAUCUUCAAGACGUCCCUGGCGGCCACGACGAGGUCUUUGCUGAGUACACCGGCGAAGGCACCGUCCGUCCGCUGAUGAUGAUCCGCCGUGGCAAGUGGAAGUACGUGACCUGCCCAGCAGAUGGAUCGCAGCUGUACGACCUCGAGGCGGACCCGCUCGAGGUGACGGACCUGGUCAAGAGCGGCGCGGUAGCGACCGACGAGAAGAUCAAGCAGGCGUUCGAGGGGUUCGAGGCCCAGGCCAAGGCCAAGUGGGACUUUGAUGCUAUCACCAAGGAGGUGUUCCAAUCCCAGCGGAAGCGGCGGUUGGUGUGGUCGGCACUGACGCAGGGCAAGUGGACGAGCUGGGACUUUGAUCCUAUUGACGAUGGGAGGGAGAAGUAUAUCCGCUCGCACAUCCCACUCGACGAUCUCGAGCGUCGGGCGCGUUUCCCGGCAGUCGAUGCAUUUGGGCGGGAGACGGGGUCAGUUAUUGUAACUGACCAAGCGGGCUCCCAUGGACAAUGA